AUGGUUGAUUAUCACCCAGCUUUAAGUGCUCUCUACGGAAUAUUUAGGGAGCUACAACACAUUCCAGUCAGCAUUCCAUUAAAGUUAACCCCUGAGGUAUGGAGCGAAAUUCCUGUUUUAAAACGUGAUACACUUCCUAACAAUAUGGAUGGUAACAUGGUCUAUGAACUGUCCUUUGAUCAUAACCGGAUGGCUUCUUCUAAGGAUGAAUGGAGAUGGCAGAGAUAUAUGUCUUCUACUCGCAGUGGAUUCAAGGGAAUCAGACGUCUUGCCAGGUGUUCUGGCUCUUACAAGUGUACAAACAGCCUCUGUAGCUUCCACAAACAAGGCAGACCUAAUUUGACACAUUUUGACAAGGCAAGUGCUUGUAAAUUUUGUGGCAACAGUGCUGAUUUUGUACCCUGUUCAGCUAGUAAAGUUUGGGAGUUUAAUGAUUGUUGCCAAUCAGAUUAUCAUCACGGAUAUCACACAUGUCCAGUUAUUGUCAAACCAGAUGAAAAGUAAGCUUCUGAUGCUUUCAGGAAAAAGUUUGUCGCUAAUCCAGAAAUGAAGCCUCGCAAAGCAGUAGCCUCUAUUAUCACUAAAGCUAUAAAAGAGAGCUGUUUGGGAUGACAUUGAUUGCUUGACUGAACGUCUUAUCGAUCCAUAUCUUCCAAAAAAUGUAAAGCAGAAAGUUAGAAAGGAACUGCAUCCGGAAGGCCACAGCUUCGAAGCCGUUCAAUUGUUGAAAACAAAGCUUGACAAAAAAGAUCCUCUGUACAUCUUUGACAUGAACGACAGCCGUUUUCACAGUGAUAGGCCUACAUUUGUUUUCAGCACAAGUCAAGAAAAGAUGCUUCUUGCCUUAAAAAUGAAGCGGAAUAGCAAAUUUCCCCUUGAGAAGGAAUAUUAUCAUUUUGAUGGAAAGCAUGGUAGAGUUAGGGGGAUGAAGACUUUGACUGCCAGUGUCUUCCACCCACUGUUGGGAAAAAUGGUGCGUUUGGCAGUCAUGCACUGCAAAUACGAAGAUUCUACCAAUGUGGCACUUUUUUGGCAGCUUUUCAAUAAAGCUCUCCAAGCUGCUUCACAAAACCCAAUGACAACUUUCCAACCAUAUGGCUAUAUGAUGGAUGAAGGUGGGGCAGAGUGGGCCAGAUUACAAAGAGAGUGUGGUGAGCAAGAAGUUGAAGUUGCUAAGAGCUGCCAAUUCCAUUACAGGCAAGCUGUUAACAGAGAAGCCAGAAAACUGAAUAGCUCAACCUCCAAAUUUGAAUUUAAGAAGAUUGCAAAUACAAUGCUUAUCGCUAACUCUCCUUCUGCUUAUGACAAAGUGUAUGGGAAGAUGGUAGCGUUCAUCAAAGAGAAACCCACCAAAAGAAGUUUCUUCAAAUCAUGGAUUGAUUGGUGGGAUGAAAGAAAACAACAUGUACUUAACGCCUUCUGUUCUCUUCCAUUUGCACGUACAACAAACCUUAGUGAGUGUCUCCAUUCAUCAUGGGAAACUACCAGAGAGGGAAAAGCAGUGGCGGAAAGCAGAGUCCUAUGCUGA